AUGGUCUCCUCACAAUUCACAAAUGCGACCUUUCUGCCGUUUGCAUCAUUGGCCGCCCUCUUCUCGGCCACGGCGGUCGAGGCUUCCGGCGGCAACACAAGCCAGUCCCUGGGCACCUUGAGAUUGCCGGCCCAAGCUCAGGCAAUUGACAGCGCGCAAAUCGCGUCAAUUCCAUCGGUUGCGCCCCCGAGCGAGUACAAUGGCACGACUGUUUGGGUGCCGCCUGGGACCACGCGGCAGGGGCUCAAGGACCGCCCAUUCCUUGUCUUUGACCCCGAGUUCCUCGAGAUCAUUGGCCACGAGCCGAAGCUGGCCGUCAUUGCAGAGUCGGAAAAGGACCCCUUGUUCCACGAAGCCGUCGUCUGGAUCCCCGCGACUGAUGAAGUCUUCUUCGCGCAAAACGCCGGAGCCCCGGAUGCGGGGACUGGGCUGAACAAGUCGGCCAUUAUCCAAAAGGUCUCGGUGGCGGAGGCGCUGCAGGUUGCUUCCGGCAACAAGACUGGCCACGUCAAGGUCGAAACCGUCACCUCGGAUCCUCCCGUGGUCAAUCCCAAUGGUGGCACCAACUACAAAGGAAACAUACUCUUUGCUGGUGAGGGCAUGGGAAACAUGACGGCAUCCGCACUUUAUUCCGUGAAUCCUCGACCGCCGUACAAUGCGACUAUUCUAGUAAACAACUUUUACGGUCGGCAGUUUAACUCUUUAAACGACAUUGGCAUCAAUCCCCGCAACUCGCACAUUUACUUUACAGAUCCUCUGUAUGGAUACUUCCAAGCCUUCCGGCCGCCACCGGCUCUGCCAGUCCAGGUGUAUCAGCUCAACCCAGAGACAAUGGCCGUCACAGUGGCUGCUGAUGGGUUUGACCAGGCUAAUGGAAUAACGUUCUCGCCUGAUGGCAAAUCUGUAUACGUAACCGACACGGGAGCGAAUCACGGCUUCUUUGGCUACGACGCAGCUCGUCCAGCGACCAUCUACCGCUUCGAUGUUGCACACGACGGCACAUUUCAAAACCGCAUGACCUUUGCCUUUGCCGACAACGGAGUUCCCGAUGGUAUUCACUGUGACAGCAAGGGCAACGUGUAUGCAGGAUGCGGAGACGGAAUCCACGUUUGGAACCCGUCGGGCAAGCUUCUCGGCAAAAUCUUUACAGACGGUCCCGCGGCCAACUUUCAGUUUGUCGGAGACGGAAAGCUGGUCAUUUGCGCCGAGACACGGCUCUACCUGGCACUGGUAGCAGCCAAAGCGGCGCCAAUUCACUAA